AUGUCAGUGCAGAAGAAUAGCAGCGACUUCAAGGCCAUGAAUGUGGCAGAACUAAAAAAAUAUUUACAGGAUCGCGGCGUUUCGGUGAGCGGAUAUUUAAAACCUUCGCUGGUGGAAAUCGCUUCUGCAGUCGAAAGAAUGGUUUUACCCGUUGACCCAAACUUUGAAAAAGAUCAAACAAAUGAUGCGGGUACAUUAAUCAUUCAUGAUAUGGUAAUUCCUGAUCCAUUUUCCCUGAAGACCGUUAACAACUUCAACUCUUCGCCGCCAUUCGGGUUGUUCGAUAUUUUUAACCAUUUAAUCUACCACUCCACCGAUUACGAUAAACAGGGGCUCGCCGCUUAUAAAUCAUUUGACGACUAUAGAUUAUUCAAUGACGGUUACGUGGAAUCCUUGCUUACUACUCAGUUAAAACAAGAGGGAGUCCAUGUUUACGUUGCGAAAGUGAAGCCUUUCAUGAAGUUAAAGACGGACGAAGGAAAGGAGUACUACGAUCUCUGGUUUAUUCUAGAGGGCAGAGGGGCGAACCGCGGCAGUGUACUCCAAGCACGAUGUAAGUGUAAAGGCGGUCGAGAUGGGGGAUGUAAGCAUAUUGCAGCUGCCAUGUACGCUCUGGAGGAUUUGGUAAAUACCCGUGGUGAAGAUAGUGUAACGAGUGGCCCAUGUGUUUGGGUUAAGAGGCCAAGAGCGAAUACACAAGCGUGUGAAGUAAAAGAUCUUAUCAUUGUGAAGGGCAAAAAACCUUCCCACAAAAAGAGAAAACGCAAACAAGUUUACUGUCAAAACAUCGACACAGAUGUCCGUGCCCCUGAAGACACAAAUCCAAAAGAAGAGGAAUAUCUAAGAACGUUUACCAAACGAAUUUGCCACUUAACACAUACACCUGUCAUUUUGCCCCUGUUUAAAAAACUUUAUGGCACUCCAGAAAAAGACACAAUCACAGGAGAACCUGGUCACUUUAACCAUAAUCGGCCAAAAACCGGUAUAAUGAGGGCUAAGCUUCUGGAGAUUUUAACUAAUGAUCCCAAAACCUCAACAGAAGAAAUUGUCAAGGUAUUGUCUUUCAGUGAUUCUGAACGAAAGCAGGUUGAGAGAACAACCAUCAAGCAAUGGCAAUGUGAAGAGUGGUACCUUCAUAAGUCAGGGUUUAUCACAGCCUCAAAGUGCAAAAGAGUUUUUACCCGCCAGGAAACGCUUGAGAAAAACCCAGCUGAAAAUGCCAAAAAGUUGAUAGAAGAAAUUGGUCUUGUGAAGUCAUGUCCACCGCCCAUCCAGGAGGAAAGACAACCACAAAAUGCCAGGGAGUGGGGGUUGCUACAUGAAGAGAGUGCUCGCAAGGCAUAUCAACGUGUUGCAGGCCACAAUCAUCACAAGCUAAAGCUCAUCCCAAAAGGCUUUUUAAUCUCCCGGUCCAAGCCUUUCCUUGGUGCUAGUGUGGACAAUAUUCAGAAAUGCCAGUGUUCUGAUGGUUGCCCAGUAAGAGUGGUUGAGUACAAAUGCCCUUGGAAACACAGGGAUCUGCACCCAAAAGAAGCCUUCUUAACCCCAGAAAUUGGUGGUAUUCAAAAUGGAAAUAAGUUUGCACUAAAAUCUACUUCAAAUUAUUACUUUCAAGUACAGCUUCAAAUGUUUGUAAGCGGCCUCACCUUGUGCAUCUUUGUUGUGUGGACCAACAAGGGAAUCUUCACUGUUGAUGUACCCUAUGAUCCAAGCUUCACGUCUGUUGUCUGUGCAAAGCUGGAGAAGUUAUGGACAAGUCAGGUACUCCCUUUCCUAAUAACUGACGUUUCCACGACAUCCUUGCCAGGUAAGUAUUUGUUACAAAGAUUUAAGUCCUAACUUAUUACAUCUAACUUUAUAGUAAUAAUUACUCCAGUCAUUCGGGAGUUUUCUUCUAAUUGGGUGAUUCCAGAAAAUAUCCAUACCAUACCACGGGCGGCAUCUUGGAAUUCCGAGGGAGAGGGGGGGUUUCUUGGACUGGAAUUCCGAAGACGUGGAGGGGUAACGCAGUUUGGAAUUCCAAAGGCAUGGGGGGGGGGGGUGUUUCAGCUCUGAAUUCAGUGAAUUUCCAGAGGAAAGACGGCGAAAGCUCCGCUUGAAAUCGCUGACCUGUUAACAUUCCCAGUUUGUAAAUGAAGCACGAACCGACCACGGAAGAAGUAUGCGUUCAUGCAGAUGGGUAAGCAGAUGGGUUGUGCAGCAAGCUCCACAUCAGAGAGGCCUUAAAGUUGAUGAAUUAGUCAACUGAUUAAUAAAAAUAUAACCAAGUCGGUGUUUCUUGCCGAUUGUCGAUUGACGAUGUGUUGUUGCGUGCUGAAAACUCGCACCAGUCUCUCGUUUCCAAAUAGAACGCCUGACAGAUUUUGUAUUUCACGCCGAUUUUCACGCCAACAUGUAGGUAGUAAAAUCCGACAGCGUGCCUUUUGAUGCGCUGUUUAAUUCAAAACUGUUUAGGCGCAACUGUUUUGAUCAUUCAGUUCUAAAUAGUUAUUUUUCCUCGAAAUAACUAUUUAUUCCAGGAGCUGAUAUCCUUAAAAAAUUGUGAACAGAAUUCUUUUGCAGAGGGAAAAAGUGCAAGUUUCUCGUUCGUUUGAAGAUUUAGGCAGACAAACAGGAAUUCCAAAGGGUCUGAAACAAAAGUGGAAAAUUCCGAAGGAGAGGGGAGGUUAGCGAUUUUGGAAUUCGGAGGGCAAGGGGGGAAUAAGCAUUUUGGAAUUUCCGAGGGCAAGGGGGGGUUAAAAUACUCAUGCCACCCGUGGUAGGGUAUGGAUAUUUUCUGGAAUCACCCAUUAACAGUUCAUGCCUGACCCCAUGCUCAGAAUGUUCUUUUUUGUUGUUGUUUUUUUGGGGGGUCUCCCUAAGCAGGUUCAUCACAAGAAGCAUUUUGCUCUUCCCAAGAUUCCAGCAUUUCAGAGCAAUACAUUAGCAGCUCUGCACAGCAGCCCUGUAGCCACUCAGAAGCAGAUGUCAUGACCAGUUCACAAGAUAAAAGCCCUGCUGCAGCUACUACUGGCACCUCACAAAGUCCCUUAUAUAUAGAUUUGUCACAGUGCAGUACCCCUACCCCACCUACAGAGAGUGUGGAAAUCUCUGGACUUCAAAUCUACAAGGAUGAUGUCGAAACUGUUCAACCAAAGGCCAUGAUUACUGAUACCAUAGUUUUGUUUUUGUUCAAGUAAGAAUUUUCUUCACAUAACUGUAAGGUAUAAAACAAUGUAUUAAAGGCAUCUCUUAGAUGGCUUAACCUGGUACUAAUGGAGCAUCAUGCUAUACAGCAAUUAAUUUCUUGUUUAUAAUUAACUGUGGAAUCUUUGGGCCACACAAUAAUAUUAUUAAUAUGGAUAGCUAAUGCAAAUGAUAAUUUGUAUUGUGAUUUCAGGCAACUACCUCAGAUACAUCCCAUUGUCAGUUCCUUUUUCUAUACCACCUUACGUGGGGAACAAGAUGUUGGACCCACCACCUCAAGGUAAUGAUAUCGAAUUCUAAUAAUUUCUUUCGCUCAAUUGCUCACAUUACAAACAAUAAAGUAAAAAUAUUAAAUUCUUCUAUUACUUAAUAAUAUUCCUGUUAUUAAUUUCAGAAUGGUUCGCCAAACAUCAGCAAAGAAGUUUUUUAAGGCAGAGCUGCUGAACAGAAGAUAUGUGUUCAUUCCAAUCAAUAGAAGGUUAUUAAUUAUCAUUAUUGUAUUCUACGAAUAAUUUCAGUACAAUAAAGCGUAAUACAAUGGCUAUUUGUUGUAACAGUGAUUUGAGGUAAAACUGCAUGAAAUUGUAUCGUAUAAUAAUGUUAUAAUAGAUAAUUUUUAGCUUUUAAAUUACCUCAAAUUAAUUAUUAUAAGUCACAUACGUUUGCUAUAUUUUUUCCUCAGUUUACAUUGGCUGCUGGCUGUCUUAACCCCAUGGUAUGCAUUUCAGGAUAUUUCAAAAAGAUGUAUAUCAUUUUUAUUACACAUUCAUAACAGACGUUCCAUCGUACAUGUAAUCCCUAUUACUUUUAUGUUUUUUACUGGAUAUUAUAUUACAUCUUCAAUUGUAUCAAUGAAGCUGCCAUUUUUGUUCAAUUAUAGGCACUUUUUGAUACUGGACUCAUUGACAUGGGACAUAAGCACAAGGCAUGAAGAAAUACACAAUAUUAACAGGUAUAGAAUUAUUUCUCUCCACAAAAUACACUGUCAGCUUUAUAUAGGGGAAGUGAAAAAUUGGCUUUGUAUAUAUUAUACUGACAUCUUAAUUUCCAAUUUUUUGGCUUUUUUAAAUACUUCAAAACUUAUAGUUUCUUGGAUCACCUAUGUGCUGCACACAGUAUAACCUCCAUGACAAGCCAACGAUCAAAUUAUGUGCUUAAGGUACGUAAUGACAUAAUUAAGAACUGAACUGACCGGCUCAUCUCUGAAGGGGGGUUAACCAUAUAUGUGCUGCCUGGUAAUAAUGAACUAACAGUUGCGUUGAUAGUAUUGUCAAAUAUAAUGGAAUAAUGUUUUCUUUCCAGGUACCACAACAGUUGCCAGGAAGCAACAACUGUGGAUUUCACAUAUUCAUGUUUGCUGACCAUUUUUUAAAGGUACAGUACAGGGGUAAAAUCACUUUAUAUCACCACCAAAAUUUAGAUUUCAUGUUAGUAGUUUCUCUUGACUUUCAUUAAUGUAAUGGCACAUUCAUUUUUGCUAUUCUAUAGGACCUGAAGGUGUACGAAAGUGACCCGAAUGGAUAUGUCAAUGCUGAACAUCAGUGGUUUGAUCCUAAAGAUGCCGAAACCAAGAGGACAUUGACAAGUACUUAUUUGGAAGCUCUUUUUCAGUGA